AAGUGAUUUGAUUUUAAUGCCUAUAGACAAGUUUUUAAUAGAAAUGAGCUCUCUCUUUGAAGAAAAAACAAGCAAUUUGAUGCUAAAGAAAAAAUUUGAAACCAGGCAGUGGUUGACUACCGAAUCGUUUCGAGAAUAUUUCCAUGAAAAGCUGAUUCUGGCAAAUAGAAUUCUAAUUGGAGAAGAUGAACUGGUUGAAUAUCUAAUUGAGGGUAUUCCGGAUAACACUUUACGUUCACAAGCUAAAAUGCAACAAUUUCUUGACAAAUAUGAAUUGUUAGAAGCAUUUAGAAAUAUUCAAUUGCCACGGUACAUAUCAAAGAGAAUUACAGCAGAUAAUCAACAUGAGCAGUCGAAUAAUGGACAACAAACAACAAAAGUCGUGAGAUGCUACAAUUGUAACUCUGUUGGACAUUUAGCAAAUGUAUGCCGAAAACCCAAACGAGAGCUUGGUGCUUGCCAUGUAUGCACAGAAGUUGGCCAUUUUGCAGCAAAUUGUCCUCAAAGGAAGAGCCUCCCUGUACAACAUGUUACCGAAUUGACGGAAGACGAUGAAUUUGAUCGUUAAUUGAUACGGGAAGCCCCAUUAGUUUUGUUCGCCAACAGUUCGUACCAGAUGCAGUAAUAAACAGAAAAAACAAUGAAUUCUUAAAAUAUAGUGGUAUAAACAAAAGUCCAUUAUCUAUUGUCGGAAAUGUAAACAGUUUUAUUUUAUUCAAAAAUAAAA